AUGAGUUUUUCACCUGUUUUCCUCAGUUACGCGAUGAUGUGGGGUAAAAUAGCUAAUUUCACCGAGUCCCUAGCUGAGGAAUCCCACAAGAGUCUGGGUCUACCGUACCAAGAUUUGAAGUCCCGUCGUCAAGCGAGAGCUAAGGAGGCGGCCGAUGUCAGGAAGGACUUGGAGACUCAGAUUAAGCAGGAGCAGAAGAAAAACGAGAAAAUGAAGCGGUCGAUCGACGAGAACACGAAGGGCUUGUCUAACUUCAUCAAGAUGAUGAAACAUAAGGCGCCCGAUCAGAAGUAUUCGAAGAAUCAGUAUGCUUCGAUGUUCAGUAAACUAUCGCAGAAGGAGAGGCAAUGCUUCGCUGACGGAUCAUACGCCAAUGGCGGUGGAAUGACGGAGAAAGCAGCGGGAGGGUCGAAGAAAACGAACCGAACUCCUAAGAAACCCAAGAAGGAGAAGGAGUUCGAUAACUUCAUCAAUGACGAAGCAUCGUCCUCGUCCGAGUCUUCUGGGGAGGACGACAAUGGCAAUGAGAGCGACUCGAGCAGCGGUUCUUCGAGCAGUGGAGGAGGGAGCUCUAGCAGUGGGUCUAGCUCGGACCGAGGGUCAGGCAGUGAAAGCUCCGACUCUGAAGAGGGAGAUCCGAUGGGAAAGAUUACUAAACGACGGUAUUCGAAAGAGGGCUCACCGAGGAAGCAGUUGGAGAGGGAGGCCCAGCCGAUAAUCAAAAAGUUUACUUGGACUUAG